CCCUGGAAACUUAACAGCCUGCAGCCAGGGUCCGUGGCGCCGGCCCGGCGGGAGGGAGAUGGACGACCGCUCCGACCACAAUGGGGACCCCGAGAAGGAAGCUGGAGCUGUGGAGAGCCUGGCCUCACGGCUGUCCGGGAUCAAAACCAGCUCUGGCCCCCAGUCCGCGGCCGAACCCGCGGAGCCGGAGGCGGAGGCAGUAGAGGCUUCAGAGGAAGGCGCCGAGCCGGCCGAGUCCCAGGAACAGCCGGCGGCCACCGAGGUUGCUGGCGAGAAGGGGCCCGGAGAGCCGGAGUGGCCGGCCGAGGCCGAGGCGGAGGCCGAGCCACGGGACCUGGCGGAGGCGGGGCCUGAGGAACCAGCGAAGCCGGAGCCCGAAGGCGGCCCCGAGGAACCAGAGGAGGAGUGGAAGGAGGAGGACGAGGCGGAGGUGGCGGCGGAGCCGAGGAGGAAGGAAAUCCUGUCGCAGGUCUGUCUGCAGCAGGCCACGGCCGGCAAGGAAGAGGCUGCGCCAGACCGAGAGGCUGAGCGGGAAGGACAGCUGGCGGAGGAAGGAGAAGAGAGCGAGGAGAGCGAGAAGCAGCUUGUGCAAGGAGGCCUGGGCAAAACCGAGGACGAGCUGGGGGAUUUGGACGAGGGACCCGAGCUUGAGAGCUGCGACUGGACUGAGGAGGUGCAGAAGCAGCAGGAGCAGCAGCUGCGCGCCGAGCUCCUGGCACAGUUCCGCUCCCUGACGGCGGAGCGAGAGCGCCAACAGCGUUACAGCAUCUACCUGCAGCACAGGAUCCUCGAGGCGCUGCGCAAGAAGGGCCUGGAUGCAGCCGAGGUGCCCGAGAAGGGCGCGGAGCCUGAGGCCCCCGAGAAACAGCAAGCGUACCUACGCCAUCUGGCCAUGCUGGAGGAUCUGAAGAAGCAGGAGUCAGAUGACCUGCGCUGGUACCACCGCGAGCUGGACCAGCUGAAGCGGCAGUGCGAAGAGAAGCUCUCCCGGGUGGAGGAGGAAUGGCGACGCUUGCAGGCACUCAAGAAGCAGGUGGUGAUGCAGGCCAUGGGCAGCUGCUGGAUGAGGGGUGGUCGCCAGGCCGCUCUGCGAGAGGUGGAGCGGAUCCAGGCGUUGGAGGAUAAGAAGGAGAAGGCGAUAAGCGCUGUGAGGCUAGAGAACGUGCAGCUGAAGCAGAGUUUGGUGCACUUUGAAAACAAGCUGAGGGCCCAGGAGGACCAGACAGAGGGCCUGCUCCUGAUAGAUUUUGAACAGCUUAAGACUGAGAACCAGACCUUGCAUGAGAAAGUCGAGGAGAGAAAUGAGGAGCUUUUGAAACUGCGCAGCAAGGUGACCAACCAUGUGCAAAUCAUAACCCAUGUGAAGGAAAAGUUACACUUUGUGGACAUAGAAAAUGCGUGUAAAAAGUCAGAGCUUAUGCAGACUGAGGCUCAGGUGGCCCUAAAGAGGGACAUCCUGACCAAGACUAAGCAAGCCCGGGACAGCCUGCGGACUGACAACAUCAAGCUGAAUCAGAAGUGCGGGCUUCUGGGCAAGGAAGCACUCCUUCGGGACAUGGAAGAGAAGGUGGACAGGACUGAAGAACUCAGCCAGCACUUGGAAGCCCUGAAGCACCAUCACGCUGGGCUUAUUCUGUCCUGCAGAGGCGUGAAGCAGAAGAUCAGGGAAGCCAAAGCCUUUCUGCCUCCUUGA